CAUAGAUUAAAUGAAAAACAUUUAAGUGCACAAUCUGUUUUCAUUUAAUCGGUGUAGCCGUGUAGGUACUAAGUACUUUCUACAAUAUAUAUACGGUACUUAUAUAGUUAUUGAGUGUUAUUCACUUAUUUUCAUAGACGUACACAACCUCGUUUAUGCUAUUAAUCUAGUACUUAGAACAUUUUGUGUUUACAAUUAUUUUAACUUAAUAAAUUCUUCAUUAAUAUUUGAUUAAUUUUCCUAAAAUUCGCAACGUUUUUAAUAUUUAAUACAAUCAAUAAUUGUCAUUAUUUCUUGGUUUCCGUUCAACCAUCAAUAAUUUCAAUACAAGUAUCAUGAGAGGUAAAUUUAAAUUUUCAAUUGAUCGAGGCGGUACUUUUACAGACAUCUAUGCUAAAUGUCCAGAUGGAAAAGUUCAUGUUAUGAAACUUUUGUCGGUUGAUCCAACUAAUUAUUCAGAUGCUCCACGUGAGGGCAUAAGGAGAAUACUAGAAAUAGAAACUGGAAAAAUCAUGCCACAAAGUGAGCCGAUUGAUAGCAGUUAUAUAGAAUGGAUUCGAAUGGGUACAACUGUUGCAACAAAUGCUCUUCUAGAACGGAAAGGUGAACGUAUGGCUCUGUUAAUUACUCGUGGUUUCAAAGACUUAUUGCACAUUGGAAAUCAAGCUCGUCCAAAAAUAUUUGAUUUAGAAAUUGUAACACCAGAUGUUCUUUAUGAAGAAGUUAUGGAAAUAGACUGUAGAGUAAUUAAUUUAAAGUGUGAAAAAUGUGAUGAGCUAACUCCAAUUUGGAGUGAUAAGCCAAUUGUCCAAGGUGUCACUGGUGAAGAUAUACUAAUUUUAAAACAAAUUGAUGAAACUGCACUAAAAAAUGACUUAAUUUUAUUAAGAUCGAAAGGAAUUAAUAGUAUUGCUGUAGCUCUAAUGCAUUCUUACACUUAUAAUGAGCAUGAGCGUACUGUAGGAAGAAUAGCUAAAGAAAUUGGCUUUGAACAUGUAUCUUUGUCCCAUGAAGUAAUGCCUAUGGUAAAAAUUGUACCACGAGGGUAUACAGCUUGCGCAGAUGCUUAUUUAACUCCACAUAUAAAAAAAUAUGUUAAAGGAUUUGCUUCAGGAUUUAAAAAUAAUUUAAAAGACAUUAAUAUAUUAUUCAUGCAAAGUGAUGGUGGACUAACGCCAAUGAACAGUUUCAAUGGUUCAAGAGCUAUUUUGUCUGGUCCAGCGGGUGGUGUGGUUGGAUACACAGCAACUACUCCUUAUAAACCUGUUAUAGGCUUUGACAUGGGUGGUACAUCGACUGACGUUAGUCGCUAUGAUGGAGCAUUUGAACAUGUUUUUGAAUCAAUAACUGCUGGUGUUACGAUUCAAGCCCCUCAAUUGGAUAUAAAUACUGUUGCAGCUGGCGGCGGUAGCAGAUUAUUUUUUAGAUCAGGAUUAUUUGUCGUUGGACCUGAAAGUGCAGGAGCUCAUCCAGGACCAACAUGCUACAGAAAAGGAGGUCCAUUAACUGUUACUGAUGCUAAUCUGGUUCUUGGUAGACUGUUACCUGAAUAUUUUCCAUCAAUAUUUGGCAAAACUGAAGACAUGCCAUUAGACAAAGAAGCAUCUUUACAAGAAUUUGAAGCCCUUACUAAUGAAGUUAACAACUUUGUAAGACUUCAAUCUGAAAGUUCGAAUCUAAUGACCCUUGAAGAAGUUGCAAUGGGAUUCAUAAGAGUUGCAAAUGAAUCAAUGUGUCGUCCAAUUAGAGCUCUAACUCAGGUGAAUUUCAAUUUAAUAAUGUUAUUAUUAUUUAUUGAUUUUAUAUUUAAUACUUAUUCACAGGCAAGAGGAUAUGACACCAGACAGCAUACACUGGCCUGUUUUGGAGGAGCUGGUGGACAACAUUCUUGUGCUAUUGCACGUUCCCUAGGAAUUGGUCGUGUGGUUAUUCAUAAAUAUGCUGGCAUUCUGUCUGCCUAUGGUAUGGCGUGUGCUGAUGUUGUUCAUGAGGUUCAAGAGCCUUGUGCAUUGACGUAUGACAUAGAAAACUUUGAAUAUUUAAAUGAACGAAUCACUGUAUUGAGUUCAAAAUGUAUUGAUGAACUAAAAAAACAAGGAUUCUCAGAUAAUCAACUUCACACUGAGCCAUUUCUACAUUUAAGAUAUGAGGGUACAGAUUGUGCUCUUAUGUGUUCAGCAAAUCAUGAUAGUUCAGUUAAUUCUAGCACAAUUCAUGGAGAUUUCUUAAGUGGAUUUCUUACAAGAUACCAAAAAGAAUUUGGAUUCAUUCUAUCUGGGCGUAAAAUAUACGCUGAUGAUAUACGUGUAAGAGGUAUUGGUAAAACAUUGUUAAAUAUUGACAAUGAAGAAGACGAAACUAAUGAACCUCUACAAAUUGAAUCAGUUAAACAAGUAUAUUUUGAAGACUUGGGUUACAUAGAUUGUAACAUUUACUUAUUUAACAAAUUGCGUAAAGGGCAUAUUAUUAAUGGUCCAGCAGUGUUGAUGGACAAAUUGAGUACAAUAUUAGUGGAACCUAAGUGCAAAGCUAUAAUAAGUAAAUCUGGCGAUAUUGAAAUUGAAGUUAACUGUGAUGCGCUUACUAAAAUUGGGGUUGAACUUGAACCAAUCCAGUUAAGUAUUUUUUCUCAUAGAUUCAUGAGCAUUGCUGAACAAAUGGGAAGAAUACUUCAGAGAACGUCAAUAUCGACCAACAUCAAAGAGCGUUUAGAUUUUUCAUGUGCAUUAUUUGGUCCAGAUGGUGGAUUAGUAUCGAAUGCACCUCAUAUCCCUGUGCAUCUAGGUGCCAUGCAAGAAGCUGUUCAGUAUCAAAUUAAAUCUGUUGGAAAUGAGAUCAAAGAAGGUGAUGUGAUUUUAAGCAAUCAUCCAAAAGCAGGUGGUUCUCAUUUGCCAGAUCUGACUGUGAUAACUCCUGUAUUUUAUCCUGGUCAGUUAAAACCUGUCUUUUAUGCUGCAAGUCGGGGACACCAUGCAGACAUUGGGGGUAUAACACCAGGAUCAAUGCCUCCACAUUCUAAAUCAUUGUCAGAAGAAGGAGCCCAGUUUAAAAGUUUCUUCUUAGUUCGUAGUGGACAUUUCUGUGAGGAAGAAGUUACCAAUGCUCUUAUGGCUCCUGCUAAGGAGCCUGGAUCUUCUGGCACUAGAAAUCUCAAAGAUAAUUUAUCAGAUUUAAAAGCACAGAUUGCAGCAAAUCAGAAAGGUAUUUAUUUGGUCACUGAACUUAUAAAUUCUUAUGGAUUAGAUGUUGUUCAAGCAUACAUGGACUAUAUACAAAAGAAUGCAGAAAUUGCAGUUCGAGACAUGUUAAAAAACAUUGGUAAUGCUAAUUUAUUAGCUUAUGGGUUGAAAACAUUGGAGUCUGUUGAUUAUUUGGAUGAUGGAUCCAUCAUAAAACUAUCGGUUCAAAUAAAUGUACAAAAUGGAGAAGCUAUAUUUGAUUUUAGUGGAACUAGUUAUGAAGUUUGGGGCAAUUGUAAUGCUCCAAAAGCUAUUACAUUAUCAGCAUUAAUUUAUUGUUUGAGAAGUAUGAUUGGUUAUGAUAUACCAUUAAACCAAGGUUGUCUAAAACCGAUCAAAGUAAUUAUUCCUUCUGGUACUAUACUUGAUCCAUCAGAGAAUGCUGCUGUUGUUGGUGGUAAUGUAUUGACUUCACAACGUGUUGUGGAUGUUGUGUUAAAAGCAUUUAGUGCCGCUGCAGAUAGCCAAGGUUGUAUGAACAACAUAACAUUUGGACAAGAUGAUUGGGGUUACUAUGAAACUGUGGCUGGUGGUGCAGGAGCUGGUCCUACAUGGAAUGGCCGUAGUGGAGUUCAUACUCAUAUGACAAAUACUCGAAUAACAGAUCCUGAAAUAUUAGAAAAACGUUAUCCUGUUUUUUUAACUACAUUUACAUUACGUACAAACUCUGGGGGUAAUGGCAAAUAUUGUGGUGGCGAUGGAGUUAUGAGAGAAUUACAAUUUAGAUCUCUAGUGACUUUGUCAAUACUGACUGAAAGGCGAUCUUUUGCUCCUAAUGGAAUCAAAGGAGGUGAGAAUGGGCAAAAAGGUGAAAAUCUAUUAAUAAAAUGUGAUGGCAGAAAAAUUAGACUAGGUGCUAAAACUGCAGUCAACAUUAAUCCUGGCGACACAUUUUUGUUAUUGACUCCUGGUGGUGGUGGAUACGGACUGCCGUCUGAUAAUAACAACACUGUAACUGUGAAGAAGCCUAUUUGUAGCUCAACGUUGGAACGAGGAUCCGGGUAUAACUACCGCAUUCUGCAAGAAUCUGUUUAAAAGCAAACACUUUUUUAUAUACACAUCUAAUUUAUCAAAUUGCAUUCAUAUUUGAUCAGUCUAUAUUCUGUUAUGUUUAUUAUAAUUUUCCAUCCAACUUUA